AUGCCAACACCAAAAAACGAAUCAUAUUCAAGUCAAACUAGUGAAAACAUAUUUCGGUUGGCCAAUGUAGCUCCAAUUCCAUUUAAUUUAUCUGAAGUUUUCGGCGAUUUUAAUCAACCAGCUUUAAGAAGAUUUUUCGAUGAACAUAAAAAAUUGGGCUUAGAUAUUUCACCAUUCAUUUUUGGUUUUCUUGUUCAUGCUGCUGUGAUGCUCGAUGGAGCAGAGUUAUAUAAUCCAGAUGGUACUGGGUAUUUCUCAUCUAUGAAUCUAUUUGUUCAACUUAUCGGUGAACCCGGUACAAAUAAAUCUGGUAUAUUAAGAUCAUUUAGUUCUACUAUGUCUGUAUUAUCACGUGUAUUUCCACAAUUUUUCAGUAAACCAGUAACUGAAAAUGUUAUUGGUAAAGAAACAGUCGAUAAUAUUGAUUUAAUUGUAAAUAAUGAUACGGAAUUAUCUUUAUUUCAAAAAUUAUCUAAACGUGAAAAUGUCUUCAUAUUUUCUGACGAGUUGGACGUAAUCAACAUAAGAUUCGGUGUUUAUUUAGGAGGCUCGAUGGACAAUGAUGUUAAAACAAUAGGCUCCAGAUUGUUGUGUCAAGGAUAUGAUGUUAUAAAAGAUCUUUCAAGAACAACUGGGUCCACAUCAUUUUAUAUUGAUAGAGGAUCAAUAAACAUUUUUGGAGCUAGUACAGGUAAUAUGUUAUCGACUGUUUAUCGUCAAUAUCGAAAUUCUUUGAUGUCGGAUGGCACCGUCAGUCGAUUUAUAUACAUUGCUACAUCAGCACAUAAGCCUGUAGAUCCUCCUGGUGAAAUUCUAUCGCCACAACCGAAUAUGGUUCAUAUUCUGAUCAUUAUUCGUCUUCUAGGCGAAUAUAAACCAAUAUUUGUGUUUGGCGAUUAUGAGAAAGAACCUGAAGUUCCAAAUACAGUUACAAUACCAAAUGAUAUACAACAAUUAAUACGAGAUAAUGAUAAUUCAAUUUCUCCAACUGAAAAUAUAAAGGAAUUGAAACCAUCUGUUGUUAUUCCAUAUGAAGAGAGUGAUCGAGAAAUUGAUGGUAGUCUUUUAUCACCACGUAUAGCCUUAAAAAGAACUAUGGAUUAUUAUCACAAUAAAUCAUUACAAACCGAUCAACAAGGAAGUUCAAUUUAUACACCGUUGCAACGAGCAUUUUAUCGUAAAAGUGGUAUAAAAUUGGCACGAAUUAGUGCUUUAUGUUAUGCUAUUUCAUACGCAAUAAAAAUUUGCUACGAAUCAAUUCAUUUAAUUCGUUUUGGUGAUGGUUUAUUCGUGAAAGACCGUAUUGAUAUUCAACAAUAUAACAGAUUGUUUUUAUUUUAUGAUCAUGCUAAAAAAAUUAUUAAAGAAAAAAUGGACCAACUACCAUCAUACGGGUCCAAUAAUCGUCCUCUGAUUGUAGUAAAUAAAGCUGCCGUAAAAGCAGCUGAAGUACUGUUUGAAUAUUCAUCGAAAACUAUUGAGUUGCUGUUUGAUGAUUCAGCACUCAUCAAGGUUAAUAAUGAUUCAUCACUCAUCAAGGUUAAUAAUGAUUCAUCAAAUAUUGCCAACAUUCUAUCAACAAAAAAUCCGUUUUUUGAAGAACAAACAAUUUUAUUGACAAUGACAUCGCCGAUUUUAUCAAAGGCAUGGUUUACUAAUCCAACAACGGGUUUACCAUAUACAGGCAUUUUUAAAAAUUAUGCAAAAUCUAAAAGCAAAAUGAUUCGUUUAACUGAGGCUAUCAAUUAUUUAGUAAAUACUGAUUUGGUGCAAUGUGGUACCGGUAAUAAAAAGCAUCUUGUUGGUGCACGAAAAGAAACAUUUAUAAAAAUACCACCAUGUAUUAUUCGUACCGAUCAAAAGAGAUUAACAGCACUUAAAUCAAUAAAUAUUAAUAUUGAUCAAUACGAACAUAUUUAUAUGCAUUCUCCUUUACCAACAAAUAUGGAAUUAACCGAAGAAACAAUUAAAUUGAUUCUUUCCAAUGAUAAUUAUAUUCCAAUUGUUCAUUUAUUUAAUGAUAUUCGUAUCGAACAAGAAAUGGAACGUCGAGUUGCCGCUUAUAUGGUUCACCAAGAAUUUAUUCAAGGAAAAAACCAAUACCAUAUCAUUUCAUCUUCUCAACAAAUUGAUCAUAAUAUUUUUGAAUUUGAUCUGGAUUCAUUAUCCAAUAACAACAACAACAAUUCAUCAACAUCUGAUGUACCAGUUCUUCCAAUUGAUAGUCUAUUACCAUCUUCGUCAUCGUCACCUCAUAUUGAAAAAUCUUUAUUUUCUUCAUUAUGUACAUCCAGUUUAACAACAAGAAAUUCUACCAAUAAUGCUCUGCCAAAUCAAAACCAUCAAGAAAAUAUAUCUUUUGAACAAGAAUUAUUUGAAAUCGAACAAGAUUUUUUAAAAAGUCGUUGUGAUUCAUCAAUUUCUAUUAACACGAACAUUAUUAACAAUAUGUCUAACGAAAACAUAUUAGUUACACAAGUAUCUGAUCCUGGUGUUCAUAAUGCGUUAGUCUUGACAAAUCAAUUGGUCGACCUUGAAAUGAAUACAAGCAGCAAUUUGAGAGAAACACAAACUAUUAAUACAUUACAAUCAUUUAAACCAACAUCUACUCUUAGUCGAAACACAAACUUCUCAUUGAAACGUUUGUUGGAAGAAGAAAAUGAAAAUUACAGAAAAAAACAACAAAAACAUACUACCGAUGAAAAUGAAGUUGGUGAAUCUACAACUUCACCUGUAGGAUACAAAUGGAGUUUAACACAGCCGGUUUUGUCUUCUCCAAUUAAUACAAAUUCAACAAUAACGAUUGGUAGUACUCACAUUGAUACAAACUUGCUUCAAAAUAAUAGUGCUAUUUUUGCACAACCAUCUACUGUUACAAAUAUCAAUAUGAGCUGUGAUGAUGUUGAUGCUGCAUCAUUUAUUGUCAAUACGCUAGCAAAUAAUGUUCAUAAUCCGAUCACUUCGAGUAUAUGUCAAACUGAUAAUAUUCAAUCGGAUGUAUUUCAUUCAACCAGUUCAACACUUAUUACAACUGCUGUUAAUAUGUCAAACUCUGUUUCAAUGACUGAUUAUCAACAUCAUAACACAAAUAAAUCUUUAUUCUAUCGAGAUAUGAGCGUGCAAGCGGAUACAGAACCAUCGUUUGAUACAACAAUAUCAUCCUCAAAUAUCGUUGUUCCAAUUAGUCCAAAUGAUAAUGAAAUCAACAUGAAUCUUGAUACUAAUAAACCUUCAAUUGAUACUGAAAAAAAUGAUUGCUUUUCAUCAACCAAAAAAACUGAUGAUAAAAUUUUGUCUCAAAUUUAUAACAAACUGAUUUUAUCAGACUCAAUAGUUAUGUCAAAAACUGACAUAUGUAUAAGAUUAAAACAUGUCUCUACAUCGACACGAAUCCGUGAUCAAGCGAUCAAUGAUUUAGUGAAUGAUAAAUUACUUGUUAUUGGUGAUUGGUUUAGUAUAAAGAAUAUCAAAGGUGUUGUAAAUUUCACCGGUUAUCUCAAAGGUUUUCCAGAAAAUAAUGUACGAAGUCAAAUGGAAUUUGCCAGCACAUUGGCAAAAUAUUCUAUUGAUUUUAUCGAGUUCGAAAACUCUUUUAGAAAAGAUAAAGUUGUUCUUCCACGUACACUUGAUGCAUCCGAUAUCAAACAAUCAAAAUGGUUGUAUUCACAAGCUUUAAUGGACACAGUUCUGUGUAAUAAUUUUCUAAAAGAAAGAGUAAUAAUUGAUCCAUCAGCUGUUCUUCAUUUGGCAAAUAUUCAAUCAAAACAUGUUAAACGUAUUCGUAAACCAAGAAAAACAUUUUCUCCAUCUGAUCAAAAUUAA